GGAGUCUGAGCUACUUAAACGGCUCCCGGAUGGGAGAGCUCCGAGAGUUCAGUGAAGUCCUGUUCUGCUGAAGUUUGCCUCAGUGCAGUGCUAGUGUGUUAGUGUGUGAGCUCGCUCGUUGUGUUAGUGGCUCAGUCAUGCAGGUGAACUGGGUGGUGAUGUACCGGAGCGUGGUGGUGCUGCUGCUGCAGGGCUGCCUGGGCGCCGUCGCCGGAGGAUGGAGAGAAUUAAAGAACGACGCUACCGAGCUGAUUCCGGAGUACACCGGCCACACAGCACACCCAGACCACCAGCUUCAGUCGUCUAACAACAACACGAUGAACGACGCCAAAAACGGAGGCAGGAGGCAGUCAAAUAACAGCCCUGCAUAUGAUGCCUCUGAGCUGAGCUGCCGAGAGCUACGUUCCACACGCUACAUCACUGAUGGUUCAUGUCGUAGUGCCAAGCCAGUGAAUGAGCUUGUGUGUUCAGGCCAGUGCCUACCUGCUCACCUGAUGCACAACUCCAUCCUUCGGAGCAAAUGGUGGCGCAGCAACUCUUCUGACUACCGCUGCAUUCCAGCUCACUACCGAAUGCAACGUGUUCAGCUCCACUGCCCCAAUGGAAAUAGUCGGACCUACAAAAUCCGAGUGGUGACUUCAUGCAAGUGCAAGCGCUUCACCCGACAACACAACCAGUCGGAUGCCAAGGAUCCGACUUCUCAAAGAACGCGGCACAACAAAAAGCGUGCACGUCUCCAGCAAACAAGAGGCAGAAGCGACAACUCGUACUGAUGUAUUGAGCUCAUAUUAACUCUGACUGUCCCACUCUCUCACAAACACUCACAUACAUACACACGCAAUCAAAUCAGAUUUUGUCCAAAUGCCAAUUCGCAAGUUCCAGUCAAAGAAGACUAAAUAGAGACAACAAUCUGGGUGAAUUAUUUCUCUGCAUAUUUACUGUUCAAUGAGAUCAACAAGUUGUUGUAUGUGUUGGCAAAAACUUUGUAUGGCCAAUCCAGCUUGAUUUAAUCCCAAUACCAGAGAUUUUUGACAACGGAAAACUGGAGGACGCUUGGAAUUUUGCUUAAAAUGAGGUUUGUCAAUGUGGGAGAUCGGUGUAGGGAAUCUGAUGGUUUAUACUGUAUAUACACAGUAUUCCUGUGGAGGGUCGAUGAUCUAAUUUUCUUGAAGUUCAUUAUAAGGGUGAUCAAGAUGAACAUUGACACCAGAGUUAACAAGCAUAACCAUGACCAAAUCCUACAUCAGCAAGUCUGCAAGCUUAUGGCUGAGGUGAAUGUUUGUAUAGCUGAAAUGAAGUCAUCUCAUUCGGGUGUGCUAUAGCUCAUAAUCCAGCUGCCCAGGAGUGCUGGGCUCAGAAAACGUGCUGCUGGUGACACAUUGCUGAAAUCUAGCAUUCUUAACCCUUGUCACAUGCAAGAAACUCAUCUGACAGGCUGUGGUACCGAAUUCCCACAACCUUACCUUUUCAGAAGAGACCUUAUAAGAACUGUCAGCUGGAGCUAAGCCCACUGUCAGUGACAGAAAGUGGGAAGGGUGGUGUCAGCACUCCAAGAGCAGAGCCUGUUAGGGCCAAAAGCAGCAAACACUGUUCCUCUGUCCUGUCUUAAUUACUAAAUAGACCCAUUCCUGUGUUUAGGAUUUGAGUCAUAAAAAGCCAUUUCCUCUAGACAUGGUAAGUUCCUGUUUGUUUGAAUAGCAGAAUAAGGGGCCCACAUGCAUGUAGGAAUCUACAACAAUUGUGCCUGUGGUUACCUUAGGGGCAGAGCACUUUUCUAUACCGCCCCCAUUCUCUGGAAACCAUUUGGAGCUUCUUGGCCAGUUGGAGUAACUAAGUAGCGUUAAUGGUUAUCUAAUUGUAAUAACAGUUAGAUUUAACUGCAAGGACAUUAAAACAACAAACAGCAUGUACAACUACAUGUAAUCUCAGUAUAUCUAUUUUAAUUAUAAAAGCUUCUAUUAUAUUAUACAAUGUAUAAGCUUUACAAAUGUGCUGUGAAAUUAAUUGGAAAUUGACUUCAGCUCUGGAUAAAAAAAAAAAAAAAAAAACUGACAGGACAAUGAUGUCAUCCUGCGAAGCCAUGGAAAGCAGUGUGCUUUUAAACAACUGAAGCUGCCCAAAGAAUCAGUUCCUUCAAACAUCCUAAGGGGAGCUUUAAGAGACAAACAUGAAAUACUGGACUGAACUCUGGAUGUUAGCACAUGUUGAUAUUACACAGGAUGUACAGUAGGAGAGCUGUGGAAUCCCAGUGCAGAUAUUAUGCCUGUCACUUCCAAUCCAAGUGUCUCGCCUUCAGUUUAACUAAUGAAGAAUAUUUCACGCAUGUCCGGACUUUGUUAAAGUCCAGAUUUUCUUCCCAUCUCAUUUUUUUAAAAUACAUACAUAACUGUGUUUGCUUUUCAAGUAAUAUGCUUGAAAAGGAUACUGGAAGUUUUUUUUCUAGUCAUGUAAGCCAAAUUGCCAUGUACAUACAACAAGAUUGGACACAAUAUACUUACCUGGUCUGUUGAAACAAAGCCCUUCUGAUGUGUACUGGAUGAAAGGAUUGCAACCUUCUCCAGUCCUGAAGGAGACUCCUACAAAGAAUGAAUUGUAUAUUUAUUUUUGAAUUUUAACAUUUAAAUUAUUUAUGCAACCUCUUUUUUUAAUAUAAAUUAAUAGCCAUUAUUGCUGUAUAUGAUAUAAUAGUGAAUUUCCUAACAAAAAGAGAAAUCAAAUAAAGUAAGUCAAAGUAUAUUUGAAA